UGAAGCAACCGCAAGGCGAUGGCCUUCCAGGCGUUUAGGACGAAUGGCGCCCCCACAUACUACGAUGCUAACCCCACCCCCUGGCAGGCGGACGUCCUGGGGGCGGGGCUGAUAUUUGCGUUCUGCAGCGUGGCCUUUUCUUUAUUCAUCAUCCUUCCCGGAAUUAGGGGCAAAGAGAAAAUUUACACGUUUAUCCGGGUUACGGUCAGCCUUUAUAUAGGAGCAGUUAUAGUGUUGACCAACUGGAGCUACUCGUUGGACUCGUGGGAGACGGCGCAUAUUCACACCCGCACCAAAUACAAGGCCGGCACGGGCAAGGAGAUUUCCGCCGUCAUCGGCGUUUACAUCGGGCUCCGUGGCGUUAACAUAACACUGAAAGGCACACCGGAGACGCAGCUGAAUGAGACCAUCAACUACAAUGAACACUUUAGCUGGGAGUGGGACCGGGGGUGUGUAGGUUUCGGACCUAAUGCGGGGCCGUUCAACCAGGCGUACCGUGCGGCCCAGUACCGGGGUCUGCCCCUACCGAUACUGUGGAUAGCCGAGUACUUCACGAUUGACGGCGAGGGGAUCAGCUGGGGACGUCAUUACCGACAGGCUGGCUGGUUCUCACACAUUUCGCUAUGGCUAUGUUUCCCGCUUUGGAUACUGACGAACGUCUUAUUCUUCGUGCUUCUCAAGUAUGGCGCGUGCUGUCUCGUUCUGACCGGUGUCUGCAUGAAUAUCUCCAACUUCAUUUGGUACAUGUGUAGGAACGUGAACGAUCUGAAGAUACCUUUUGUGGCUGGCUUUAUGGAGUUCUCGUUCGGAGGAUCGUUUUAUGUUUGUCUCGGCACGGGGAUUCUGUGCAUCCUCUGCGGGGCAAUUGUGUGGGUCCUUGACCAUCAAAUACCCAACGCCGCGACUACGUUCUUUGGAGUUGACGUACUACAAGACGAUGACGUCAUGACACUAUGGUAUUGCGACGAACCGACAGACGAAAAGAUGCAGGAGAAGAACGCUACCGGUAUUGAAAUGAGACCGACGCCCUGCGUGGUAGCGGCGCCAACCACGGCGGAAGAGGACGACGAUGAAUCGAUAUACGCACCUACAGAAGCGCCGCAACCGCCACCAAAAUACGAGAAUCGGAAGUUACUUGGUGUGACGGUCAGGAAGUUUCAGAAACCCCGCAGGCACCGCCCUCCGCCCCCACCUCCGGAGGGACAGGACUUAGUGCAAGAUGAUAUGCAUGUAAACGAAAGGUAUGCCGUAGGGGCGGAUGAAGUACGGGUCAACAUAAACCAAAAGAGUGUUUACUACGGCGUUCCGACUGAUGACUUGUAACAUGCAACUUCAAAUUACCACAUUUAACAGAGUAUUUCUAAAUAUAAAUAACUGACAACGUUUCAACACAUAUAAAUGGCAACUUCAAAUUUAACUGAGCUAACAUCUGACAUUUUAGACACAUUUCAAACUGACUUACACAUUCAACAAAUAGGACGUAUUCCGAAAUUAUUCUACGACGGAAAACGUAAGGAUAAACGUAUGUGACAUCACCUUUACAUGACAAACCGACACCUUCAAGUGUUUCUGUCUGACAAUGUAGACUAUUACUUAAUACAUUAAAAGGAAUUUUCCUACAAUUGUAACACAAUGUGUUUUUAAUAGUGUUUUUUUUCAAAAUAUGUAACUAUGUUUGUUAUACAGAGCCUUUUUUGUUAUACAUUAGCAGAUAGCACACAUACCAAAGAUCUAUUGAAUGCAGUUGACCAAAGCAAAAUAAUAUGUUAUUCACUGUUCAUAGAAAAUAUAUUGAAUUUUUACACAUCAUUUCAACAUUAAAUGUUAGUUGUAAGCACUGUAAACCUGUUUGAUUGUAUAUUUACCUUCUACACUAUACUGUAAUAUUAUUAUUUUAAAUACAAUUGUAUGAUAGUGUAUUAUAUAUUCACAAAUGCACAUUUGUUACAGCAGGUGAAAAAGUUUGAUAUUGUACAGUUAGAUUACUGGAGCAAUCUAUUCAUGCUCCAGUCAGUUUAUUACAGCAAUCUAUCCAUGCUCCAGUCAGUUUAUUGCAGCAAUCUAUCCAUGCUCCAGUCAGUUUAUUGCAGCAAUUUAUCCAUGCUCCAGUCAGUUUAUUGCAGCAAUCUAUCCAUGCUCCAGUCAGUUUAUUGCAGCAAUCUAUCCAUGCUCCAGUCAGUUUAUUGCAGCAAUUUAUCCAUGCCCCAGUCAGUUUAUUGCAGCAAUCUAUCCAUGCCCCAGUCAGUUUAUUGCAGCAAUUUAUCCAUGCUCCAGUCAGUUUAUUGCAGCAAUCUAUCCAUGCUCCAGUCAGUUUAUUGCAGCAAUUUAUGCACGAUUCAGUUAGUUUAUUGCAGGAAUCCUCCAAUCUAGGACUUCAAGCGUGUCACAAUAUUUCAUGCCCAAUGGGUGUUGUUAAUGAAGGCAAUCUGUGAAUAUUUGCUAAGUAAAUGUUGUUACUAUUUGAAAAUGUAUAUCCAUGACAACCAAAAUAUAGGGUAAGGUACAUUUUUUAUAAUUACAAGAGGCGACUUAUUUAAAGAUUACACCGUUUUGUAGCUGUAUUGCCAGUUGAGGUCAAUAGUUAAAAUGUUUUCAAAAACUCACUAAUGCAUGUCAUUGUACAAUAUAGGACUGCCAUAAAGAGAAGUAUUUAUUAAA